AAAUAAAUAAACUCCAAAACUCAAACCACUUCAGACUCUCAGUCUUUCUGUCAGUCUGAGACUCCAAGUUCCUUCUUCUCGAUCUCUCCGCUCGGCUUUUUGCUCACCGUCUUUCUCUCUCUCUCUCUCUGUGCUAUUAAACGCUUCGUUUCAAUCUCAUCACUCCCCAUGACAUUUUGCGAGCCUUUUGCUUCUGAUUCAUUGCUUGCAUUCUCGCAAUGCUGAUGAGCUCAAGUUGAAUUCGUUUUCGUUUUCGGCUUCGGUGCUUUGGCUUCAACAACAAGGAUUGAAUUUAGUACUUUCUUCUGGGAAUAUACAGCCUUUGAAAGAUGGGUCUCUACCUUGUUGGUGCCCUUGUUCCUCUUGUACUAACUCUUAUACUUCAUCAAUCUAAGAAAGCAACGAAACGGGGUUUGCCUGUUAAUGUUGGUGGGGAACCUGGGUUUACAAUCCGAAACCGUCGGUUUACUUCCCCAGUGGAAACAUUAUGGGAAGGUAUUUCAACUCUUGCUGAACUUUUUGAGCAGUCAUCCAAGCGGUUCCAAGAUAGACGCUUUCUUGGAACCCGGGCAUUGAUUUCAAGGGAGGUUGAAGAAUCAAAGGAUGGAAGAUCCUUUGAGAAGCUUCAUUUGGGAGACUAUGAAUGGCUAACUUACGGGAAAGCAUUUGAAGUUGUGUGCAACUUUGCUUCCGGUUUAGCUCAACUUGGGCAUAAAAAGGAAGAACGAGUAGCAAUCUUUGCUGACACAAGAGAAGAGUGGUUUAUUGCAUUGCAGGGUUGUUUUAGGCGCAAUGUCACUGUUGUUACCAUAUAUGCGUCUCUUGGGGAGGAGGCUCUAUGUCACUCAUUAAAUGAGACAGAAGUUACAACUGUGAUAUGUGGGCACAAAGAACUGAAGAAACUGCUAGAUAUAAGUGGACAACUAGACACAGUGAAGCGCAUCAUAUGUAUGGAUGAUGAGAUCCCAUCUAGUGCCUCAUCUGUUGAAAGUAGAUGGAGAAUCACUUCAUUCGAUGUUGUUGAGAGACUUGGGCGAGAAAGCCCUGUUGAACCUGAUCUACCUCUUCCUGCAGAUGUUGCGGUCAUUAUGUAUACAAGUGGAAGUACUGGGUUACCCAAGGGUGUAAUGAUGACACAUGCUAAUGUGUUAGCUGUAGCUUCGGCUGUCAUGACUAUUGUUCCUGGCCUUGGAAGCAAGGAUGUUUAUCUGGCAUACCUUCCCCUUGCUCAUAUCCUUGAAUUAGCAGCGGAGAAUGUCAUGGUUGCUGUGGGAAGUGCCAUAGGGUAUGGAUCUCCAUUGACUCUUAUUGAUACUUCAAGUAAAAUAAAGAAAGGAACAAAGGGGGAUGCAACUGUGCUUGCGCCAACUGUAUUGACAGCAGUCCCUGCAAUUCUUGAUCGUGUUCGAGACGGAGUGCUGAAUAAGGUCAAUGCAAAGGGUGGUCUAUCCAAGAGAUUGUUUCACUUGGCAUAUGCUCGUAGGUUGUCUGCUGUGAAUGGUAGUUGGUUUGGGGCCUGGGGCCUGGAAAAGUUUCUGUGGAACUUUCUUGUGUUUAGAAAGGUCCGCGCAGUUCUAGGAGGUAGCAUCCGUUUUAUCCUUUCUGGUGGUGCUCCUCUUUCGGGUGAUACUCAAAGAUUCAUCAACAUUUGCAUUGGUGCUCCAAUUGGUCAAGGGUAUGGUCUAACUGAAACUUGCGCUGGCGGGACAUUCUCAGAGUUUGAUGAUACAUCUGUUGCUCGUGUUGGAGCUCCGCUUCCAUGCUCAUUUAUAAAGUUAAUUGAUUGGCCUGAAGGAGGAUAUCUAAAAACUGAUUCCCCAAUGCCUCGUGGAGAGAUAGUCAUCGGUGGUCCAAAUGUUACACUUGGUUAUUUCAAAAAUGAAGAAAAAACAAGAGAGUCAUACAAGGUUGAUGAGAAAGGAAUGAGGUGGUUCUAUACAGGUGACAUUGGGCAAUUUCACGCUGAUGGUUGUCUUGAGAUAAUUGACCGUAAGAAGGAUAUAGUUAAACUUCAGCAUGGAGAGUAUGUCUCCUUAGGAAAGGUUGAGGCUGCUCUUUCAGUGUGCCCCUAUGUUGACAAUAUCAUGUUGCAUGCUGAUCCUUUUCAUAGUUACUGUGUGGCUAUUGUGGUGGCUUCUCGAAUCACUGUGGAAGAUUGGGCUGCAAAGCAAGGAAUUGCUUUUAGUGAUUUUUCAGACUUGUGUGUGAAAGAAGAAACCAUAAAAGAAGUGCAAGCAUCACUUAUAAAGGAAGCAAAGAAGGCACGUUUGGAGAAGUUUGAGAUCCCUGCCAAAAUCAAAUUGCUUUCUGAACCAUGGACUCCAGAAUCUGGCCUGGUCACUGCAGCUCUCAAGCUCAAGAGAGAUGUCAUUAAGAAGGCUUUCUCUGAAGACCUCUCCAAGUUAUAUGCUUCGUGAUUCUUCAGAAAACCUGGGCUUGUUAUUUGCUGUGCAAAAUCUUGAUAAGUUGAGGGUCCCUGCUGGAUUUCCUUUUUGCCCCUUAAUUUGUGGCCUUGCUAGAGAUGAUGCAAACCAAGGGUUAGUGUUAGGAAAAGGUCGAAUAUAGAGAAAUUAAGCACGUCGGAAGUUUAUUUAUAUUAGCUACUCCAAGCAAUAAGAAGAUGAUGAUAAUAGUUGUUAAAUUUUAUUAGCUACUCGAGGCAAAUGGAUAGCUUUUUUGUAUUGGUUUUUUGAGUUAUUUAUUGGUUUACAGCAUUGUACCAAUUUUUGAGAAAGUUGCCAUAUUUUCUGUAUGUUUC